ACAGUGCCUGGGAGAGAACUUUGUUUUUUUUUUCCUCUUUCUCUUUCAUUUUCAUUUUUUUUUUCUUUUUCUUUUUCUUUCCCUCCAAUCAUGUUAUAUUUUCUCUCACUUUCUCUUUAAUAUAGUACUUUUAAUUUUAAUUAAUUUUUGUUUAUUAUAAUAAUUAUUAAAUUUUCUAGUUUCCCGGCGAGAGAAAAGGAAGUAGAAGUGUGCCUGUCAGUCAAGUUAACUUCUUCAAUGGACUCUCUUUAACUAUCUUUUAUAUAUAUAUAUAUACCAUUUUCUUGUAAAAAGAAAGUGAUUAAAUGGAGGAAAGUUCUAAAGGUCCAACCUCAAGUCAAGCUGGAGGUCCAUCCGAUACUCCUUCAGUCAACAUUUCUAGAAAGUGGGAAACUGGUGCAUUGGGAAUCCCGCGUAGAACUGAGGCAUAUCAUUCAUCAAGUGAUGCAAGCUUAUUUUCUAGUUCAUUACCUGUCCUUCCUCAUGAAAAACUGAACUUUACUGAUGGUGAAAAUUCUGGUCAUUCUGUUGAUGAUAACUCGCCCGAGUUACGUAAGCUAGAGUUAAAAAAUGAAGGAAAGGACCCACUCGAAGAUGUUGAAACAAAUGCAAUUGGAAAUUUACUUCCUGAUGAUGAAGAUGACCUCCUUGCUGGCAUAAUGGAUGACUUCGACUUAAAUGAGUUGCCUAGUCAGUUGGAGGACUUGGAAGAAUAUGAUGUCUUUGGUACUGGAGGGGGAAUGGAGUUGGACUUUGAACCUCAAGAGGGCCUUAAUAUUGGUAUAUCAAAGAUGAACCUAUCUGAAGGGGUUCUUGCAAAUGGGAUUGGUCAUUACCCUCUUACAAAUGGUGUGGGAACAGUGGCUGGGGAACACCCCUAUGGUGAGCAUCCUUCAAGAACAUUGUUUGUACGAAAUAUCAAUAGUAAUGUUGAAGACUCUGAAUUGAGAUCUCUCUUUGAGCAUUAUGGAGAUAUCAGAACUUUGUACACUGCAUGCAAGCAUAGGGGUUUUGUAAUGAUUUCAUAUUAUGAUAUUCGAGCUGCACGCACUGCGAUGCGUGCAUUACAAAAUAAGCCGCUAAGGCGAAGAAAACUGGACAUUCACUUCUCAAUUCCAAAGGAUAACCCAUCGGAGAAAGAUAUAAAUCAGGGAACUCUUGUAAUAUUUAAUUUGGAUCCAUCAGUAUCAAAUGAUGACCUUCGCCAAAUAUUUGGGGAUUAUGGAGAGGUCAAAGAGAUCAGGGAAACACCACAUAAGCGACACCAUAAAUUCAUAGAAUUUUAUGAUGUUAGAGCUGCAGAGGCUGCUCUUAGAGCAUUGAAUCGGAGUGACAUAGCUGGGAAACGCAUAAAGCUUGAACCUAGCCGUCCUGGUGGAGCUCGUCGAAACUUGAUGCAGCAGCUAAGUCAGGAGCUUGAACAGGACGAAGCACGAAGUUUUAGACAUCACAUUGGUUCUCCGGUUGCUAGCUCUCCUCCUGGAAAUUGGGCACAAUUUGGCAGCCCUGUUGAACAAACUCCGUUGCAUGCUUUUAGCAAGUCUCCUGGUUUGGGAUCUUUUAGCCCUGUAAAUAGCAAUAAUUUGCCUGGACUAGCUUCAAUUCUCCCACAUCAGUUGCCUAACUCUCCAAAGAUUGCACCUAUUGGGAAGGAUCAAAGCAAGACCAAUAAUACAAACCCAAUUUUUACUAAUUCUGGAGCAAUGCAAGGAGCAUCCUACCAGCAUUCGAGAUCCUUCUCUGAGCAAAAGGUAAGUGCAAGCCCUGGACCGAUCUCUGCCUUUGGUGAAUCUACUUCAAGUUCAUCUGGUAUUGGAACAUUGACCGGUCCUCAGUUUCUAUGGGGAAGUCCCACUCCUUACUCUGAGCGUGCUAAUUCUGCUUGGCCAACACCAUCAGUGACGCACCCUUUUUCAUCAAGUGGACAAGGUUUUCCGUAUGCUAGUCGGCAUGGCUCAUUUCUUGGUUCAAGCAACCACCAUCAUGUGGGAUCUGCUCCUUCUGGUGUGCAUCUUGAUAGGCACUUUAACUAUCUCUCUGAGUCGCCUGAAACAUCCUUUAUGAAUCCUGUUUCUUUUGCUGGUGUGGGUUUAAAUCGUAGCAAUGGAAGUUUUUUGAUGAAUAUUGGUGCUCGUGGAACUAUUGGUGCUGGUGUUGGUCACCUAGGAAAUGUAACUGAAAAUGGUUCGCCUAGUUUCAGAAUGAUGUCAAUGCCAAGACAUGGUCCUAUUUUCCUUGGGAAUGGUUCUUAUCCUGGACAAGGUACAGCUGGCAAUGAAGGGUUGGCUGACCGCAGUCGAAGUCGGCUAGUUGAAAAUAAUGGAAACCAGAUUGAUAACAAGAAGCAGUAUCAGCUUGAUUUGGAUAAAAUAAUUAAUGGAGAAGAUACUAGGACCACUUUAAUGAUUAAAAAUAUCCCCAACAAGUAUACUUCGAAGAUGCUGCUUGCUGCUAUUGAUGAGAAUCACCGGGGCACUUACGAUUUUCUCUAUUUGCCAAUUGAUUUCAAGAACAAGUGCAAUGUAGGUUAUGCUUUCAUCAAUAUGAUCUCCCCUUCACAUAUUGUCUCCUUCUACCAGGCUUUUAAUGGAAAGAAAUGGGAGAAGUUCAACAGUGAGAAGGUGGCGUCAUUGGCCUAUGCUCGAAUCCAGGGCAAGGCUGCUCUUGUGGCACAUUUCCAGAAUUCAAGCUUAAUGAAUGAAGAUAAGAGAUGCCGGCCAAUUCUGUUUCAUUCAGAGGGCCAAGAGACCAGUGAUCAGGAGCAUUUCCUCUCUUGCAAUUUGAACAUCUGUAUUCGUCAACCAGACGGGUCCUAUUCCGGGGAUUCAUUGGAGAGCCCGAAGGGCCUUCUGGAUGAGAAGCCAGAGAAGAGUUAACAAUAAGUUCUGUAAUCUUACCCCUUAGCUUGAAUUAAGAAAAAGGCUAAGGAUGCUAACAAGUUGAUAAUUUUCCUUUUUAAGUGUAUAAAAGUUGGACGACAAAUUAAAGCACAAGCGUACGAAAAAGCUUGUGUCAUGUGCAGUGUUUGCUUUUCAGCUACGGACACUCCAUGGUAAGUAACUAGAGACGUUGAAAAUUAAAACGAGGCAGAAAGUGUUAUCUUUGUUUGUAGAGCAAGAAAAUUGGUAUGAAUAAGGCGGAGCAUGUUGCUAAGGAUCGGAAUUUUCUUCGCAACUCGUCAACCUGUGCUUAGAUCUCCUCUGGGUUCUUUCUUUCUGAACUGUUAGAUGUUGUCGGUCAUUCAUGUGGAUAUGCAGAUAUGGUUACUUGUUUGUAUGUAAAUCUUUGUUGGUGGGGAACUCCAAAAUUUGAAGGUACAGGGCUGUUCAUAAACUGUAUAGGGAAUGUAAUGAACUAUAUUUUUGUCAAUAUUUAUGUAUGUACAGAUAUUUCCAUUA